CCUGGGCGUAGCCCGGGUUAAUCCCUAGUUUUUAAUAAAUAUGUAAGAAUCUUAAGCUAAUAACACUAGACUUGAAAAUUCUAAUUAUUAUAAAUUCAAUUUCCACUAACAGCCCCUAAAUCAUUUAUCAUUUCUACAUACUCAUUUUCUUCCACAUCAAUUCAAAUACCAAACAGUAUCUAUAUAACAUUUCACAAUAUCUAACCAUAUAGUUCAAAUCUAUCUUUUUUAUUGCUAAAAGCUAAACCUCCGAAUUAUGAGUCACAGCCCAUGACUAAAUGAAGCCCAGUAAAGAAGACCCAAUACUUUUUGGGUGGUGUGUGAGCAUGAAUGGUGAUAAUGGUACCAGAUCCCAAGACAGGACAAGUCCUACUGUGAUGUUGCGGAUCAAGUUCUAGCCUCUGCUAGAUUUCAUACCAGCUGAUGAAUGGGGUUACAUCCCUUCGAUGCUCCAAAAACUAAGACCAUGAGGCUUAAGGGUAACGUUAUCCUCAAGCGAAAGAUACUUGACUUGUUCGCUUUGAUUCUUUCAUGAUUGAAAGCCCCGAAUCCUGUGAUUGGGAAGACCGUCCAUACCCAAAUUAACAUAAAGACGAUAGGUUCUUAUUGGGGUAUUUUACUUCAUAUUAUAUGGUUUGAUAUUAGUACUCCAAUAUCUUUAAGAUUCUCAUUUUCAAACCGGGUAAAUUAAUUGUUUGACAUUACCAAACGCAAACAUUACACUGCAUGUCACUGACAAAAGGAACAGAUUGUCGCGGAUUUAUUGCAAAUUCUGUCACAAAUUAAUAUGAGGAAGAUACGUGAUUAUGUUGCAUGCAGUAAUAAUUUUUGUUUGCAGUAAUUUUUUUUUUUUUUGCUUGCAAUAAUCUUAUAGGUUGCUUGCUUUACUAUUAAAAGUUUCGUGUUAGUUUUUUUGUGUGAUACCGUUUGUAAGCGAUUGAUGACAAGAUGAGUGCUAACGUAGAUAACUGAUGAUUAAAGAAGACGCAAAGUUUGGCGUUUCUUUAGAGUUUUGGUUUGAGCCCUCACAUGCGCGUAUGAACCGUCCAACAUCAAAGUAACUAACGUGCGCUUCGUAUCAAAGUUAACACAGAUUUGACCAAAUAUCAUAUAUCUAAAUAAGAUAAUAUAAUACACAUCCAUCUAUUCCCAUUCAUAUAUACGAGUCCAUGUGAAUUGGAUACAUGCACCGUGAUAAUGUAGUAUAAAGUGGUACCUUGACCGUGUAAAAGCAAGAGUCAUUGAAGUAUUAAGCAAUAGUAUCUAUUGUACAAAGUCAAAAACCCUCAACACAGACUUACAAUAUACAUCAUCAGCAAGUAAUUAAAUACAAUAUUACAAAUCAACUUGAUCUAUCAUAACAUGUUGUGUUUCUAACUUCUCUGCCGGACAAGAAUAUCACUAUAUAUAUUUCAUAAUUCCCAAAAUUCUAACAUAUUCUCCCUCAGUCUCUUCUUGUGUCUUCAUACAAAAACAUCAAACCAAGAACCCGCAUAUAGUGAAUCAAGAACAUAUAUAGCAUAACUCAAACACCAUAAGGAUCAUUGGUGCUUGUCAUGGAGAAUGAUAUAGGCAAGAAAGGAUCGCCAUCAGUGUCGAGAAACUCAUCGAUCGGAUACUACUAUCAGCGGAGGUCGGAGGGUGUACCGUUCAAGUGGGAAAUGCAGCCAGGGACUCCAAUUAAUACUCAGACCACGGAGAUGAUUCCUCCUCUCAGUCCUCCCCCGGCUAUGCUCAGCCUCGGCUUCCCAAAGCCAUCCAUCUCGGUCGAAGAGCCAAAGCACUCUGUGUUUCCAGCGAAGCUGAAGUUGCGGAAAUGGAAAUAUAUACGUUGCAAGAAAUAUUUCUCUAGAUUGGCUAACAAAAUGGUUUUGCCUUCGAUUCGUUCGUACCCUGAGAAACGGUAGAUGGCCACAAAUGAAUAAAGCAUAUCAAAAUAGGCCGCGUUAAUAUCCUAUUCGGUCAAUCAACAUAGUUUAGUUUUUAAUUUUUUAUUACCUAAACAAAAUGAUUAUUUUUUUUGUUAAAGUUAAAUAAAAUAAAGUCCUAUAGCAAAAAUAAUAAAUAAAUAAAAAAAAAAUAUAUAUAUAUAUAUACUAGGGCCGUCCCGCCCUACAGGCGAGAAGUUAUAAUAAAAGUGAUUUUAUAAUAAUUUAUGAAGUAAUUUAAAAUUAUGAUAGAUUAAAAAAUAUUAUAAACGAAAAAAUAAUGAAAGACUUAUGAGAUCAUUAUAAUUUUUUUUUUUGUUUCGAAUUAUAAUGACAGUAAAUUUCACUAUUUUCUGAUAAAUAAAAUUAUAUUUUUAAUAUUUAUUUUAAUUCAAAUGUUUUGUUUUAUAAUAUUCUUAAUUAAACUAACUUAUUUAAGAUUUUUUUUUUGCGAAUAUGAUUCAAAACUCGAAGUCAUUCCUAAAGUAAUUCAUGCUUCUUUUUUGUGAUGUAAUUGUAUAUUCCCUUUGUAUGUAUGUUUUGUAAAAUUUUGUUAAGAGAAGUAUAUGAUAAUGUUUAUGGGUUUUGAGAAUUUUAGGGUCUCGAAGGAUUAUUUAUGUUAAGAUUAGUUAUAUUUGAGUUAAAAUAUUUUAAUGAGAGAGUUCAUUAUAUGAUUUAACGUGAUAGUCAAUGAGGAUGCAUGAAUCCAACCGACUUCCAUAACGGUUCCAAAAUUCAACCAAAGGUAGAAGAAGUGGAAUCGAACAGCCAAAUACGACACCUUCCAACUGACCUUGAUCGGAAUUCAGCGUGGCCGGUGCAGCAAAUCUUCAUUAGCUGUAGGUUUGAACCGGAGUUGUUAAAACGCAGUAGAUCUGUCUUUCGUUCGUCGACAUUAUUUUUGGAGAAAAAGCCGUUUUAUAUGGGACCCCUUCAUGUGUUACCCUACAGCCCAGAAACUCAAUUAUGUUAAGCCCAAAACACUGAUCUAAAAUAUUUAUUAAUAAAAAGAAAAAAACUCAUUAAUAGUUGUGAUUAAGUGAAACGGUGAGUAUCAUCUAACCCGGACACGUGUCAGCUUGUCAGGAACCGACUUUAUGACGUGGUAAAGCAGGAGUGAGACGAACAUAUUUUUAUAUAUAUAGAUAGAUAUAUACAACGCAAAAUUCUGUUUGUUUUCACGUAACAUCCGUGCAAUACAAAGGCUAUUUGCUUGAUCCACCGGAAAGAUAAAGCCUUGCAACUAUGAGUUAACGUCUUUCCUAACAGGUUGAUAUUGAGCUUCCUCCCACGCUUUGCAGUCGACUUAUGUAGUAAAAUCGAGCUCGACUUUGGUUAGAACUAAUCUUCAACAUUUUAGGUAAACCGAAAUAACUUGACCGAACCAAUAGACAUAUCGAAAUAACUGCAUCAAACACAUGAAAACCCUCGCCAGCCAAUAACGAAAUUUUUUUGUUCCUAUAAUUUUUUUUUGUUCCUAUAUAAAGUUGAUUCUACUAAGAAGAUUUUUUUUAAAAAAGAUUCGAUAAUACAGUAUGAUCAAAAGUAAAUACAUUACCCCUUGCAAAGUUAUCCGAUUCUGUAUAUAAUAAUAUAUCCGGUUCUAUAUAACAGAUUUGAUAUUUACAAAAUCUAUACUAUUAAAGCAGGAUCAUAUUUUAAAAAUUACCUUAGCCUGCCUUUUCUUUACUAACAUUGCAUGUUUCAUUAAAGAUAAUCAAGUAAUUUUAAUAACACAUUUAUAUUGGGUCUUUUUUUUAUCCAGCCCACAUCAGAUCUCUCUUGGGCCAUUUGGGCCGAUUAAGAAAUCAGAUCAAAUUCUCACAUUUUUUUUCCUUUGGGCCAUUGAGUCCAAGUUCAAAUAAUUUUUUUUUAAACUAUCCUUAAUUGUUUUUUCUU